CGGCAUCUAUGAGUACGCAUGAGGCCAUACCCGUGCUCGCCUCUCAAGCAUCGGCUUAGGCCAUCAUGGUCUUGACACUAAUAUGCCCAGUCCUCGUGGCCUGCAGCGAGUCAUCAUUCAUUUCGACUACGACUGUUUCUACGCCUCAGUGGUCGAAAAUGAGAAUCCGGCGCUCAAGUCGGUGCCUCUGGCCAUCCAACAAAAGCAGAUUGUGGUGACCUGUAACUAUGAGGCUCGGCGAAGAGGUCUACGAAAGCUUCAGCUUAUCACCGAGGCUCGAAAAGUGUGCCCCGAGGCGGUGAUUGUCCUAGGUGAGGACUUGACUCGGUUUCGUGAUGCUUCCAAAGAUUUGUACAAUUUCCUCCAGCAGUCCAUCUGGAGUGGGAGGGCAGAGCGACUUGGGUUUGAUGAAGUCUGGCUCGAUUGCACGGACAUGAUAGACUACAACAUGGGUUUGCUCAAUCCCAACGAUCUUUCUCAUUCUUUCUUCUGCAUGAACAGAGACGAUCCUACUGUUGGCUUCGCGUAUGACGCAUCCAGUGUCUAUGGUCCUACCUAUCCGUCGAGCCCGUCAGUCCCCACCCAGCUAUCGGAAGAAGAUGAAGAGUUGCGAUUGCGCAUUGUCCUUGGGAGUCAUCUGGCAAGACACCUCCGACAUGAACUGGAGUCCCAGAAGGGAUACACAUCCACUGUAGGAAUCGCUAUGAACAAGCUGUUGGCGAAGCUGGCUGGGAAUGUGAACAAACCCAAAAACCAAACCACAAUUUUGCCACCAUGUGAGCCAACUGGCAGCGGGGUGAGCACUGUUACUCGGUUUCUUGAUGACCAUGACAUAGGAAAGAUCCCCGGCAUUGGAUUCAAGCUGGCCCAGAAGAUCCGUGCCCAUGUACUCGGUCGAGAGGCUGCUUUUUCUGAUGGUCUGGUAUAUGGAGGCACGAAAGAGUCAGUAACUGUUCUCGACGUUCGGUCCUAUCCUGGUAUGGGUCCUAAGAUGCUCGAUGAGAUCAUGGCCGGUCCAGGAUCGGUUAAAGGCAUUGGUGGGAAGAUAUGGGACCUAAUUCACGGAGCCGAUGACUCGGAGGUUGCCAAAGCGAAGCGCAUUCCCUCGCAGAUUAGCCAGGAGGAUUCGUACAUGAAGUACCUACACACUUUUGAAGAAGUCAAGAAGCAGCUCCACAUCUUGGGCGAGAGACUGAUUCGGCGUCUGCAAAUUGAUCUGUUGGAGGACGCCGAUGACGAUGGAAGAGGUGAUUGUGAAAAUCUGCAACGUCGGUGGAUGGCACAUCCGCGAACUCUGCGGCUAUCUACAAGGCCUCGUCCACUACUAGGCCCGGAUGGAGUACGAGCACGGGCCUUUCAGCGCAGCUCUCGGUCAGGGCCUAUGCCGAACUUCGUCUUCAGCCUGACUGAGGCACCCUCUGCACUUGCCCACCGUCUGGUCGAGGAAGCACUGGUCCCGAUGUUUCGAAAACUCCAUCAUGAACAGGCCAGCUGGAAUCUCAGCUUGAUCAAUGUUGCUGCCACCAACAUGGCAGAGACAGCAGCUGAAACAAAGGACAGUCAAGGGCGAGAUAUUGGAAGGAUGUUUCGGCGACAGGACGAAGUACUCAAGGACUUCAGAGUGACUGUCCAUCCAGAGGAAGCGGAGCAGACUGGCUCGGCCAUUCCGAAUUCUCCAGCUGCUCAGUCACCCGACGCAAUGAUGACAGAAUCUGAUAUUGACGUGUCGGUGGAGGAUGACUGGGACUCGGAAGAUGGCGAGAGCCAGCCGUUGGAGCAGUGCGAGAUCUGUGAAAACGCCAUCCCGGCGUUCGCAUUGGCCGCCCAUCGGAGGUACCACGAAUUAAGCAAUUAGACGCAAGCCCAUGAGAGUCCAGCUGGACCCGAACAACUAGAUUAGGUUUUGUUGAGAGACAAGGCUGUCCAACUGUGGGUGGAUUCAAGUAGUGGC